AAAGAGCUUCGCGCUCUCACAAACAAGCAGUGAACUGCCACAACGCCCCGUUUAGCUGUUUACAAGCCUGUCACAAAAUCGUGGAUGCAAACAAUCACAUACACGUUUUGCUUUUGAUCGAGUGUAAAUGAAAACGGUAAAGUGCAGCAGACUGUAAUGAAGCACAAAGCUAAUUUGGCAGAGUGAGAAAGAAGUGUAAAACGCGACAAAAUUAUAUUUUAUCUGAAAAGAGUUUGAACCGUACAAUACAAUACAAUGCACCGGGGGCGAACGUGAUCUGCAUUUACAGCCAUACAACUGCGUAUAAAUGCGGUGAAUUACUAGCCCCUUUGUGUUUUGUUCAGAGACGUCAGAAAUACAUGUUAAGGAUGUAAUCGAAAAGUCGCAGUUCUGCUAAAUUCUUGUGGCUCACCCUCUUCGCUUAUGAGCAGCGCACUGGGGUAGAAUCUGGCUGGAGAAAACAUGUUUGUCGCCCUGCUCAGAAACUUGGUUUGAAAAGAGACCGCCCUCUUUUUGCUUCCUCCCAGAGCCUUAUAACCAGACGCCUGUUGUGCAGUCGUAGAUACCCAAGACAAGCACUGGACUUGACGGUAGUUCAUUCAGCUAGAUACCUAACACAAAACUAUUUCAGCGGAAUAUAUCUAGUUUAUUCUGCAACGAGAAACGUUACGCUGUGUAGGGAAAAUGGAUUUUUUAAACCACAACUAUUUGAGCGCGCGUACCUCGUACGACUACACCUUUAAUUUUUGGAACGACUAUCUUGGACUGUCGACACUGGUCACGAAGAACAACAAGCAUAACGUCCCCCAAAGUCCGAACUCCAUCACGGAGUCUUUGAAAGCCACCCUGGGUUUGGACGAUUCCCCGCCGUGCUCCUGCGUAAUCUCGGCCAGCGGUGACGGCGGACACCUGGACUGCUGCUGCUGCCCUUCCGUCAGCCCCCCGCCUACUUCGGUUCUCCAUUUGAAAGAGCGCUUCUCUAUACUCAGCCCGUUCCAGAGCCAAGGCGCGGGGCUUGCAGCGCAGGACCGCGAGAUGGGCUUCGGGGGAAGCUUCGCAGGCUUCGACUUGUUCGGCAUGGAGAGGAAGAUCAGAAAGCCUGCGGCGCGGAAUAAGCAGGAGCCCAAGAUCUGCGUCUUCUGUCGGAAUAAUGGCGCUCCCGAGGAAGUCUACGGCUCCCAUGUGUUGAAGACUCCGGACGGGAGGGUCGUGUGUCCCAUCCUAAGGGCAUACACUUGUCCCUUAUGCAGCGCUAAUGGGGAUAACGCGCACACAAUAAAGUACUGUCCACUCUCCAAAGAUCAGCCUGCGCAGCGACCGUUAAAGGGAGGGAGGGCAGUAGGUGGUAAGCGAGUGAAAAUAUUCUAAAAGACAAGUCUUCAUACGCCGAGUAAAUAACCUACAUUUAUUGCACUGAACAUUUUUCAGAUGACUGUUCCGAUUGCGGCUUUUCGAGUCUUAACUGCUAGGCUACAGGAUUUAUUAAACAAAUAAGAUAUCAAUGUUUUCUGUUUAAAAAAUCUUUUAUAUUUUUAUAGAUGCUUUAUUUCCAUAGUUUAUUGUAUACUUUAUUCAUAAAAAGAUAUUUUUUUCCUUUUCCACGUGUUAGUUUUAGAUGUUUAUUAGUUGAAAAUCACAGUUCAUAUUCAAUCACAGUUUAUGAAUAAAAGAUGUUAUUUUUGUUUAGACGGGCAAACAUGAAUGUUGGCAUAAACAUCAGAGGAGUUGCUCUUCUGUCAAACUCAAGUAUUUUCUUUACUGUAAGCUAAGCUUACACCUUGUGUUGUCGUUUAGACCAAAGUUACGUUUGCCAUUAAGCGAUCUUAAGAAUGUUCCAUUUCUAUGCCAUUCUAUAGUCUACUAAAGUUCUCUCUGCAAGCUGAAGUGCGCUUGGUAUGGUUUACUUGGCCCAUUCCUUCCUUCCCAUGGUCCACCACACGGUUUCUUUCCCACCCAGGCUGACAUUUAAUAUGUCUAAGAAGGAAAAAAAAAAAAAAAAAAACAGCGCAGAAACACAAUGGGUUCUCUGUUGCGCAUACAUCGUCUUAGCAUAACCUCAUAAUCAAUCGAUACCCAGCCAAAUUAGCCUAUUUUGAGCCCUACUGACAGAUACAGAGACUAUUCAUUUGGCCAGACAUCUUUCCAGAUGUCUUUAUUAGGCGAAUACAAGGUGCCCUUCUAAUGUUUACACCCCGAGCGAGGGGAACACACACUGGAGAAUACGUCUUGUGGGUUACCUUUCGGACGCUAAAUCUGCCCUUGUGUACCGUUCUCUCAAAUUGACCUUUUCAGUUCCCAAAACAUAACAGUCAAGCUGUGCGGAAACAGCGAGUGGGUUACAAAAGAAUGCAGUCUGAUAACUCUCAAAUGGGUUGGUGGUGAAACAGCACGAAUGAAUGUUCUUAAUAAAAAAAGCUUUUUUUGUAAAACAGUGCAUUUGCCCCUUUUUGCAUUAAUGUACAAAAAAAAAGAUCCAAAAAGAUGCAAGGAUGUUUUGAAUGUACAGUUAACACUUGCAGGACUGCACAUCUCUGACCAUUACGUUUACCAAAGGAAUUCAAUUUUAAUGAAGUAAGGAACCUAGAUUUGCUGUAUUGUAAAUAAAAAAAAAGUUGAGUGAUGUCUAUUCAGUAUUUUAACAUUUAAAAGUGACUUCAGAGGGUACUACCUCAACAGGAUUUUGUACUUUCAUGUAAAUGUCAACAGCAGUUUAUUAAUACAGUGCUGCCAUUUAUAAUAAGGGUUUUUAAUAGUAUUUUUGAUCUUUGUAUAACAUAAUUGUAUUUUUCUUUCAUUGCAUUCUACAUAUGGAAGUGCAACUCCAAUAAGCUCUUAGCAUUGUUUGCCAAUAGAUGAUGGCUGUAAAUAAUGACAAUAUCAUACUUUUUUAAGUUGUUCAAUGUUACAUUCUUGGCAAGUGAAAGAGAGAAUGGAAUAUGUUGAAGACUUUAGACUAUUUGCCACUUUUAUCUGAGGUUUGUAAUUAAAUUAAAAGAGGAAAAAAGAAACACUGUUGAAUUUUGUUAUUUAUAUUUUGUCACAAUUCCCUUGUAAGCUGCUGUGCAGAGUUAAAAGAAAUGAAUUCCACAGAUAAAUAAACAGCUUAUCAAAUAUUUUA